CUCACCUCCCCAUCCCUCGAACCCUUCGACCGACCCAGUUGGGAGCUCUGUCUUUACAAAAGAGGAGGACGACGACGCCCUUCUGCGGAGAUUGCAAGAAAACGCCACCGCCGCGCUUCUCGACGUUACACCGAACGCUACAGCCAUGGAUAAGAACGGCCAGCAAACGGGCACCGUGAAGGGAACCAGAUCGGAUAGCAAGGGAAACCAGCCAGACCCGUACGUGGGCAUCUUCGACGGGCUCCUCCCCAGGAUCGAGACCCGCGGGCAGAGCAAGCACCCCCCGAAGCGCGUCAGCAAAAGACAGGAACACGGCUCUCGUCAAAAUUGAAGAUGAGGCUGCACGGGCGGCGCCGAGCCCUCCCCAGCGAACCCGGGACGGACAAGCGACGACGAGGAGAGAGAAGAAGACACGGACCGCCAAGCACCAGCACCAAGGACCUACGACAUGCGCUCCUCCGGAUCCUCUUCUGCUCUUGCUGCGACGGCGAUGGUUUGUCCCAGCAUGCCGCGCCUGCCCCGUUCCCUCUCGAAAGCUAAGCGCGCGUAUGUAACGCAUCUCCUGCCGCACACAUGCAGCAAAGCCCAACAGGUUUCCCGUUGUUGGAGACGGAGGGGAUGGGAUGCUGGUUUCUUAUUGACCCGCCAGCGGCAUUCCUGCCAGGAUGGAGACAAACAAUUCCGAGGGAAUGACAUGCAGCAUCAAAUGCAGUGGGAGAGGACAGAG